GCAGUUUCAUAUCAACUAUUCUACAGUUGACAGAUUAAUUAUAUAACCAAGCAAAAUUCCAACCUUUCCAACCAUACCGAUGUCGUAUUCUAAAAAGACAAACAAGUUUCCCGAGUUUCUCCGAUCGAAAUGUCUUUUCCUAUUGGUUGUUAUGGUGAGUUGCAGCCCUCCAGAGGAGCCUGUCAAAUGUUCCACUAAAAAUUCGAACUGCACAAUCACAAAUUCUUAUGGCACUUUCGCCGAUCGAGCAGUUUGCCGAGCGGGGAAUGUGGCUUUCCCAACCACGGAACAAGAGCUUGUUUCGAUUGUAUCAGCAGCAACCGAAGCCAAAAGAAAAAUGAAAGUGGUAACACGUUUCUCCCAUAGCAUUCCCAAGUUGGUUUGCCCCGACGGCCAAGACGGGUUGCUUAUUAGCACGAAAUACCUUAACCAUGUAUUAAAAGUCGAUGCGGAGGCAAUGGCAAUGACAGUGGAGAGCGGUGUCACGUUGAGGCAACUCAUUAAUGAUGCCGCCAAGGCUGGCCUAGCAUUACCGUAUGCACCGUAUUGGUGGGGGCUGACCAUUGGAGGCCUUAUAGGCACGGGGGCUCAUGGGAGCUCGUUGUGGGGGAAAGGAGGUUCAGUUCAUGAUUAUGUCAUGGAUAUGAGAAUUGUAAGCCCGGCAGGACCUAAAGAAGGGUACGCUAAGGUCAGGGUCCUGAAUGAGAGGGACAAAGAUCUUGAUGCAGCUAAGGUUUCACUCGGAGUCCUUGGGGUAAUUUCGCAGGUGACGUUCAAACUUCAACCCCUGUUCAAACGUUCCGUUACUUAUGUAACAAAGAAUGAUACAGAUUUGGGAGAUGAAGCAAUGACCUUUGGCAAACUGCACGAGUUUGCAGACAUAUUUUGGUAUCCUAGCCAACGCAAGGCUGUUUACAGAAUCGACGAUCGGGUCUCCUCUAAUGCAUCCGGAAAUGGUCUCUAUGAUUUUACUCCAUUUCGUCCCAUUCUUUCACUUGCUUUGGCACUUCUCAGAAGUACAGAGGAAACCCAAGAAUCCUUGAGAGACGCUGAUGGGAAGUGCCUCAGUGCAAAGCUAGUUACAUCUACACUGCGAACGGCUGCCUAUGGAUUGACAAACAACGGUAUUAAAAUCUUACUAAUUGCAGGUAUAAUUUUUACUGGCUAUCCAGUAAUUGGAUUUCACGACCGUCUUCAAUCAUCGGGGACUUGCCUGGAUAGUAUUGAUGAUUCGCUGAUCACCGCAUGCGCUUGGGACCCAAGAAUCAAGGGUGAGUUCUUUCACCAAACUACAUUCAGCAUUGGUUUGUCAGUAGCGAAAAGCUUCAUCGAAGACGUCCAGAAACUAGUAGCACUGGAGCCUAAAGCAUUAUGUGGGCUAGACCUUUACAAUGGAAUCCUCAUGCGUUACGUUAAGGCUUCAAGUGCUUACUUAGGCAAACAAGAAGACGCAAUAGAUUUCGACAUCACCUAUUAUAGGAGCAAAGAUCCCAUGGCUCCAAGGCUUUACCAAGAUAUUUUAGAAGAAAUUGAACAAAUGGCGCUGUUCAAAUAUGGAGCUUUGCCACAUUGGGGGAAGAAUCGGAACCUGGCAUUCGAUGGGGUGAUCAAGAAAUACAAAAAUGGUGGAGAAUUCUUAAAGGUUAAGAAUAUGUACGAUCCAUCAGAGCUUUUUUCCAGUGAGUGGACUGACCAGAUUCUUGGAUUGAGAAAUGGGAUCACAACAAUGAAGGAAGGGUGUGCUUUAGAAGGAUUGUGCAUUUGCUCACAAGACAUUCAUUGUGCUCCAAGCAAAGGCUAUUUGUGUAGACCAGGAAAAACUUUUCAAAAUGCAAGAGUUUGUACUCGUGUAAAAAUUAGGAAUUGAAUUAGUCAUGACACGACAGGACCCGACCAUGAGACCCAAAAGUUUCCUGAUUAGGCUUUGAUUUUUUGUUAACUUAUACAAGACA